GUAUUCAAUAAAGUGGGGUGGGAAACCCAACAGGUGGGGUACCAAACCCAACUCCCCUCUCCCUCUCUCGCCGGCGCCGACUACUCCGCCGUGGGUUCUGCUUCUUCAGACCGACGACGGCCACCGAAUUCGAGUCACUUCCCCACUCACUCUUUAUUGCAGUCCAUUCUCUCACCUUUGUAUUCUCCACAUUCACACUGUCUUCUCUUCCUGUAGUUCGAGGACCUUCUGCUUGUGGUUGCCGUCGCCGUAUCGUUCGAUUCGCUUUCUUCUUUAUGGUCAAGAAGAUGUUUCUCCACACAACAAUCAGCAUCUCCAGAAAGGGUAGAGACUACUGUUCAGAACUUCAGAGCUGAAUUUGGAGAUCUGCAUGUGUGGUCACGCCGCUGUUCCCGCUCGCCCUCCACCUGCAUAUGUGCCUUUUCUACAUGAGAAAUGAUGCUGCCAAGACAUGUUCAAACUGUUCGCUAUAUGCUUGAGAGACUUAUUCCUGUGGCACAGCUUAGAGGUAUAAAUACACAUUUCUGUGUUUGGUACUCAACUGUGUCAGCUUGCAAUGAUCUUCCAAGAAACCUCAAAAUGUCUGAGAGGAAACCACUGGUGACAAGUUUUAAUGAACUAAAGCGCCAAGCUAGACGCAAGAGAAAGGAGAGACAAAAUGUGCAUGAGAUUCUUUUGCAACCUCCUGAAAAUGGCUUGUUGGUUAAGCAAUUAAUUCCUAUUGCUCAUCAAGUUUAUGCUGCCAGAUCUGAACUAUUGUCCAGUGUUUCAAGACUUGUCAAGCACAUUGCUAUUUAUACAUGCAACUUAUGUGGAGAUGUUCAUGUUGGUCAUCCACCACAUAAUAUUAGAACAUGUAAUGUUAGAGGAAGCCCAUCAAGCAAAGAACAUAGUUGGGUCAAAGGAGGUAUUGGCCAUGUACUGCCACUUGUAGAGUCAUUUCAUUUGUAUGAUAGAAUAGGGAGGGCCGUUUCACACAAUGAAAUGCUUGAAGUGGACCGAAUUCCAGCCAUUGUUGAAUUGUGUAUCCAGGCAGGUUUUGACAUACCUGAGUACCCUACCAGAAGAAGGGCCUUCCCUGUUUAUUGUGUUGCUGGUAGGAUAAUUGAUUUUGAGAAAAGAUUUCCAAAAGAAAUUUCACUUGGCAAAGAUAUAGAUGCAUGUGGGUUUUGGUGUAAGAAGAGAUUGAAUGAAGACACCAAUUCGUUAGCAAUGCAUGGUGAUGAUAUUCAAGCUAUUGCUGUCCGAGGCAUGAAAGCCUGGGAGAAAAUGUGCUCAGGAGCUUCAAAACUUAUGGACACAUAUGCUGUCCAAACAUGUGGAUAUUGUCCAGAGGUACAAGUAGGACCUAAAGGUCACAGAGUACGAAAUUGUCAAGCUUUCAAACACCAGAUGAGGGAUGGGCAGCAUGCAUGGCAGGAGGCUACAAUUAAUGAUUUGGUACCUCCUGUAUACGUCUACCACAUUGGAGAUCAGCAAUCCGGGAAGCCUUUGGUACAUGAACUUAAAAGGUACUAUGGUAUGCUGCCUGCGGUGGUUGAGCUAUUUGCACAGGCUGGGGCGACAGCUGAAAAGAAUUAUGCACAUUCAAUGAGGGAAGAUGUUGUCGUCCCUGAAAUGGACGAGGAAAAGUUGGUUGUUUAAAUCCAUUGGUUGAAUGACUUCCUAUAAAUGGAGGAACCAUUUAGAUAUGGAAGAGGCUAAAUAUUAAAAAUUAAGCUUUAAUUUCUUUCAAAUAGAAACAAGUUGUUUAUGCUGGGAAAGAAGAUGAAGGAUUUGUAAUUUGGUUAUUAGGAUAGUAAUAGGAUGUGAAUAAGAAAGAAAAUUGGAAUAAACAAUCUAGUGUUCUGUUGGCAACUUAAGGUGUUGUCUUGAUUAUAUGAAACACUUCUGUUUGACACGCACCGGAGACCAAUAAACUUGGAUUCCUUUGUUGAAAAAAAUGCAUUUGUGAAACUUAAUAUGAGAUACAAGGUUCAUGUAAAAUGAAAAUUUUAAGAAAGCUAGUCAUAGUUAAUGCAUUA